UGUGGAGAAGGUCUGCGACAAGACUGCAGAGGAAAGGGUUCAGAUUUGGUUGUUGUACAUAAUCAAAUGGAAAAGGAUGCACUUAAUUACUACAGCGUGGGUAGUUCAGGAACUGCUGGAUACUGGUUUGGUCUGAGAGCUGAAGGAGGGAGAUGGAAGUGGAUUGAUGGAAGUAAUCUGAAUGAAAGCCACUGGACACCACAGCCUCCUCCUGCUACUGACGGUCAGUGUGUAAUGUCUGUCCAGAACUAUAACUGGAUACCAGUGAGCUGUGCUGAUAGAAAACAAUGGAUCUGCGUAAUGAAGGCUUUAUCUGUUUAAACACAGCAGUCAGACUCUGCAUGAUAAUAUCAACUGGCUCAUAAAUAUCAAACUAUGAAGACUUCUUUUAAAUGACAAUUUAAAUGUUUUGACUUCAGAACUAAAAAAUUUUCAGGGGAUUUAUUUCAUGGAAAAAUAGAAAAUAAACAUUUACAGUUCAUUAUUUUUCAAGGUUUUUGUGUGUCUUGUUUAAAUAAAAACAGACAUGCAUUUAGAUAUUUGUUUGUAUACUGUAGGUAUGCUAAUGCAGAGCUGCCAACUUUUCCAAAAACCUUAGAGUAAGAUUUGGGGGGGCAACCCAUACUAAUUUCUUUGGCUCUUUCAGCAUCAU